AUGUCCGCCUCGACCUCGACGAAGCUCGACCGUUCCUCACCAGAGUACAAGCGCUCGCUCACAGAGGCGCUGCGCUGGGACCACGACCGGCGGGAACCGUACCUGCUCCUGCCGACAGGCGACCGCAUUGUGCCCUUCCGCCCGGGCAUAGCAUCGGACAUAGCGGCGCUGUUCAACUCGCCCGAAAUUGGUCGGCGCCUGUAUCGCCUCCCGUGGCCCAUGUCGGUCUCCUGGGCCGAGGACUGGGUGCAGGACGAGAUUCAAAAGCAAGAGGGCUACCUAGCCGAGCUUGUCGAGUCCCUGCCUUCGGCGCCGGAACCGCUCUCCGAGGACGGUGGCCUGGGCGGCGGCGUCACACAGGGCGAAGGUCUGCACAAGGCCCCCGGCACGCGUGCGCUGAGCGGGAUGCCCUUCAAGAGCAUCCGUGACGCCUCGGGCAACAUCGUGGGCGAUAUCGGGCUCACGCCCUCGGACGCCGAUCCCGACACAUACACGGCCGACAUGUGGCAUCUCGGCUACGUGCUCGCCGAAAGUGCGACGGGGAGGGGACUCAUGAUCGCUGCUGUUGGCGCCGUGCUCGCGUGGGCCAAGGAGUGGAUGGGCGUCAAGGCCAUCGAGGCUAUAGUCGAGAACGACAACCCGGGCAGUAUUGGCGUCCUUCUCGCGACUGGGUUUGAGCGCGUCGGGGACACAGUCACGGACUGGCCGGAGGAGAAGGGAGGGGGGAAGCGGUAUGGCGGGCGGUGGAUUUGGAAGGCGGACGCGUAG